AUGCGUUAUACCGCAGUAGAACGGGCUCUUAUCCCACCGGACCUUCGUGCUCUUGCACGAGUUAUAAGUGAUGUAGACCCCGCCCAAUUUCCCGAGUUAUUUACAGCCAACAACACUAAUCCAUCUACACAAGAAGUUGGAAAACUACUGGGAGAGAUCACUGGUGCCCCUCUCGCUCCGAAGGAUUUACGUCUUUUUCAGGCAGUUUUCAUGGAAAUGAAACAUCACUUACACGGCGUGGAUGUCGCAACAGUGGCAGACUCUGAAGUGAGUGGUGUACUCACACUCACCACACAUCUUGAUACGGCCUGUAGUGAGGCGGAUAUUCCACUAGGUGUUGUCUUUCCACAUGUGAAGGCGGUACAUAACUUUUUUGUAGAUAUAAAGUCUGUAAAGUUUUCAGUAAAACAGGCCCCAGUCUUUUAUCUUCUCACUGAUGCGAUAUGCAAAUUACUUUUGCGUGCUCAAGAAGAACUACAACGCUAUACAGAUACAGUAAAAUCAUGCAAUCCAUUGGAUGCUACUUCAAAAUUUGGUUCUACUAGUAGAAGUAAAGAUGGAUUUUCAGGAGAGGAUGAUGUAGUGCCGUGGAUAUGGGAAGUUGUAGAUUUACCAGUAGAGUUUGAAUGUGCGUUUGCAGAUAUUAAUGGUGACUUGGAUAUUCACUUGGCACAUCUACGCUGGUAUGUGGAGGUUUGUGGUGAUUCCAUCUUUUUUGAUUCUUCUACAUAUAUUGGAGAUAUCUCUGUACGAAAACUAUGGAAUGCACAUGUGGGAAGUGAUGUACCUGCAUGUUUUUCUAAAGUUUUUCUUCCUGCAUUGCAACUCUUUCCCAAAUGGUCUCAUGCCCCUAUCAUGGAUGUAUUAGAUUAUGGAAAGUGUGGAGUGGUUUCCCUGUACACACUACAGAGACUACUGAGUGUGUGGGGUCCAUUUCUCCUACUGGAUCGUAAUAUGAAAAACGAUAUGCGUGCUGGUAUAUAUGAUCUUUCUCAUUCAUUAGAGUAUCAUGAAAAGGCCUUUGCACAUCGCCCUGAUGCCGCUGAGGGGGAUUUUGUAGUGACCCUCACAAACACACCGGGUGAAGUGAUCGCAUUCGUCCUCUUACCACUCACGGGAGAUACCAUAGUUGUCGACAGCAACAACAACAACAACAAUAAGAAUAAGAAUAAUAAUAAGAAUACCAAUAAUGAGAUGGAAAAGUCUGGUAUCAAUAAAAACAAAUUGGAAACCCGAAUGAUACGCUUUACUCAAAAAACAGGGGCGUGGGUGGCGGAGGGACUCAUUGCGGAGGAAUAUGAAACGGUUCACGAUGCCUGUUGUGCACUUCCAGAGAUAUUCCGUCGUCCAUGCGGUACGAGUUACGAUCUGCCGGAUAUUCCAGGGACAUCCGCCUCCCUCUCCGCCUCACCCCGCGUGGAUGUCAACACAACUGCAGUCGCCCCCACCGCCUCAAGUUUACAUCGUGCAUGUUUCCGUAAUAAUGUUCGAUAUGUAAAGACAUUACUCGAUCGGGGAUCCGCAGUGGUGGUGAAUACCGCUUUACUGGAUUUGGGCAUAUCACCCCGUUUUAGUUGGACACCACUACUGUGUGCGGUGAAUAAUCCCAACAGUGAUCCAGCGGCUGUUGUGCAGAUGUUAGUGGAAGUGGAUGCGGAUGUGCAUAUCUGUGAUGAUGCGGCGUGUACGGCAUUAUAUUAUGCGAUUGCUAAUGGAUAUGUGAAUGCCACACGUAUUCUCUUAACGCACUGUCCAACGCUGCGUACGUCCAGUUCUUCAGAAGCUUUACUUUUGGCCCUCGGCGCACAUCACUUUCAUGCACGUGAAAGUGAUAUUCGCCGUUUAUCCAAUGUUAUUCCCUCUGUAGAGAUGUUAGAAGUGCUCCUUCCAUAUCAGAAGGAUUUACGUCUUGUGAGUCUCGCUGUGGAUAUCAUCGCAGGUAAACUCUCUGGAGAGGAACGUGUACAACAGGAAACAGAUGAUCCUUCCAUUUGGCACCCCGAUGGAGAAGUGGAGCUUCGAACACCAGAGGAUGUGGCGUAUCUAUCAACUAUUAUUGCUUAUCAUAAUAAGUUAUGCCAACAAUUCCGUGGGGAUGUUAUGCGGGCCGCACGUCUUCUUUAUAAUCAUUGCUACUUUUUAUCCUGCAGAGAACACUUUAAACAAGAUGCAGAGUCUACGGAAGAUAAUUCUUGA